UGUUAGUGGCGGAGGGAGAGGAGGCGUGUGCUUGCGCCGACGGUGAGUGGAGAUAGAGAGGAGCGCGGUCACGGAACCAUGGCUGGCGAGCCAGAUACUUUGUAGCGCUGCUUGAACUCACUGGAAUCGUAACUAUGCGUUUCAAUGUGGCGCCACGUUGAGCUCUCUUGGAUUGCCGAGAAGGGGGAAAAUGGGUACCGCGCUGAGGAAUUUGCUGUUGUGCAGCGUUUGCUCUCUGAUAAGGGGUGCACCACUUCUGUUGUUUGCAAAUCGACGAGAUUUGAGGUUGGUAGAUGCUGCUGGUGGCAAGACUAAUGCCACAGUUGUCGUUGCUGGUUUAGAAGAUGCAGCUGCGGUGGAUUUUAUAUUUGCAGAUGAUCUUGUAUACUGGACUGAUGUGAGUGAAGAAGCAAUCAAACUGAUUUUUCUAAACCAGACAGGGAACUCCCAGAAUGUAGUUAUAUCAGGACUUGUAUCACCGGAUGGUCUGGCUUGUGAUUGGCUGGGGAAAAAGUUGUAUUGGACGGACUCUGAAACUAAUCGGAUUGAAGUUGCUAAUUUAGAUGGAUCAUUGCGGAAGGUCUUAUUUUGGCAAGAUCUCGACCAACCCAGGGCAAUCACGUUGGACCCAGCAAGGGGGUAUAUAUAUUGGACAGACUGGGGAGAAGUGCCAAAGAUUGAACGAGCUGGAAUGGAUGGUACAACACGAUCGAUUAUAAUUGACAGUAACAUUUAUUGGCCAAAUGGACUGACAUUGGAUUAUGAAGAAGAGAAAUUAUAUUGGGCAGAUGCUAAACUGAGCUUCAUUCACCGAUCAAACUUUGAUGGAAGCUUGCGGCAAGUAGUGGUUGAAGGCUCACUUCCACAUCCAUUCGCUUUAACGUUGUUCGGAGACACUUUAUAUUGGACGGAUUGGAACACUCAUUCCAUUCACGCAUGCAACAAAUAUACUGGAGAGUAUCGCCGGGAGGUGCACAGCAAUAUUUUCUCUCCAAUGGACAUUCAUGUAUUUAACCAGCAGAGACAACCUAAUGCUACAAACCCAUGUGGCAGCAAUAAUGGUGGUUGUUCCCACUUGUGCCUGAUGUCUCCAAUCAAACCAUUCUUUCAGUGUGCCUGUCCAACUGGUGUCCAGCUACUAGAAGAUGGAACAAUGUGUAAAGAUGGUGCCUCUGAAUUAUUGCUGUUGGCUCGACGAACUGACUUAAGGCGGAUAUCUUUAGACACUCCUGAUUUUACAGAUGUCAUCUUACAGCUGGAUGAUAUCCGCCAUGCAAUUGCUAUAGAUUAUGAUCCGGUUGAAGGGUAUAUAUACUGGACUGAUGAUGAAGUACGCGCUAUCAGGCGUGCUUAUCUGGAUGGCUCAGGAAGUCAGUUUGUUGUGACCUCCCAAAUUAACCACCCUGAUGGCAUUGCUGUGGAUUGGGUAGCAAGGAACCUUUAUUGGACUGAUACUGGCACAGACCGUAUUGAAGUAACGAGACUGAAUGGGACAAUGCGCAAGAUUCUAAUUUCUGAGGAUCUGGAUGAGCCAAGAGCAAUUGUGCUUGAUCCAAUGUCUGGGUACAUGUACUGGACAGACUGGGGAGAGAUUCCAAAGAUAGAACGUGCCACUUUAGAUGGAUCAGACAGAGUUAUCCUUGUUAACACUUCAUUGGGCUGGCCAAAUGGUCUAGCCCUGGAUUACAAAGAAAGAAAAAUGUACUGGGGAGAUGCAAAAACUGAUAAGAUAGAGGUAAUGAACUGUGAUGGCACUGGAAGACGGGUCCUUGUUGAGGAUAAACUGCCACACAUCUUUGGUUUUACUUUGUUGGGCAAUUAUGUUUACUGGACAGACUGGCAGCGCCGUAGCAUUGAACGUGUUGACAAAAGAUCUGCUGAACGAGAGAUAAUCAUUGACCAGUUGCCUGAUUUGAUGGGCUUAAAGGCCACAAAUGUUCAUCAGAUAUUGGGUACCAACCCAUGUGCAGAAGAUAAUGGUGGAUGCAGUCACCUGUGUUUGUACAGACCUCAGGGUGUGCGUUGUGCCUGUCCAAUAGGUUUGGAGCUCAUCAGGGAUAUGAAAACCUGCAUAGUACCCGAAGCUUUCCUCCUUUUCUCUCGGAGAGCAGACAUCAGAAGGAUUUCACUCGAAACAAACAAUAACAAUGUGGCUAUUCCACUGACUGGGGUAAAGGAAGCUUCUGCUCUGGAUUUCGAUGUGACUGACAACCGGAUUUACUGGACGGAUAUUAGCCUGAAGACCAUUAGCAGGGCUUUCAUGAAUGGCAGUUCCCUGGAGCAUGUUGUAGAGUUUGGGCUUGAUUACCCUGAAGGGAUGGCAGUAGAUUGGCUGGGGAAGAACUUGUACUGGGCUGAUACUGGAACCAAUCGAAUUGAAGUUGCAAGACUGGAUGGACAGCACAGACAAGUACUAGUGUGGAAAGACCUAGACAGCCCCAGAGCUUUGGCACUGGAUCCUGCUGAAGGGUUCAUGUAUUGGACAGAAUGGGGCGGCAAGCCAAAGAUAGAUAGGGCUGCCAUGGAUGGAACAGGGCGUAUCACUUUGGUACCAAAUGUUGGACGAGCAAAUGGACUAACUAUUGACUAUGCAGAGCGACGGCUUUAUUGGACAGACCUAGAUACAAGUCUCAUUGAAUCCUCCAAUAUGUUGGGUCUCGACCGUGAAGUUAUUGCAGAUGAUUUGCCUCAUCCAUUUGGUUUAACACAGUAUCAAGACUACAUUUACUGGACAGAUUGGAGCCGCCGCAGUAUUGAACGAGCCAAUAAAACGAGUGGCCAGAAUCGCACCAUAAUUCAAGGCCACUUAGAUUAUGUUAUGGACAUACUGGUAUUUCAUUCUUCAAGGCAAGGUGGUUGGAAUGAGUGUGCUUCAAGCAAUGGACAUUGUUCUCAUUUGUGUUUGGCUAUGCCAACCGUUGGCUAUGUUUGUGGCUGCCCUGCUCACUACUACUUGAACGUGGACAACAAAACUUGUAGUCCUCCGACUUCGUUUCUGCUCUUCAGUCAAAAGAAUGCAAUUAACCGGAUGGUUAUUGAUGAACAACAGAGCCCAGACAUCAUUCUUCCCAUUCACAGUCUGAGAAACGUCAGGGCCAUUGAUUAUGAUCCUGUGGAUAAACAUCUGUACUGGAUCGAUUCUCGUCAAAACGUAAUUAGGCGAGCACAGGAGGAUGGAACCCAGAGCUUUACUGUUGUAACCAGUGCAAUUCCCAACCAAAAUUUGGACAUGCAGCCUUAUGACCUCAGCAUUGAUAUCUACAGUCGUUACAUCUUUUGGACCUGCGAGGCAACUAAUGUAAUAAAUGUAACACGAUUGGAUGGCAAACCAAUAGGUGUGGUUUUAAGAGGAGAACAGGACAGGCCAAGGGCAAUCAUCGUAAAUCCAGAGAGGGGGUAUAUGUAUUUCACUAAUCUUCAAGAUAGAUCACCAAGAAUAGAGCGUGCUGCAUUGGAUGGUACAGAGCGUGAAGUUCUCUUCCUCAGUGGAUUAAGUAAACCAGUUGCACUCGCUAUCGACAACAAGCUUGGCAAACUCUUCUGGGCUGACUCUGAUCUGCGUCGCAUAGAAAGCAGUGACUUAUCAGGUGCAAAUCGAAUUGUUUUGGAAGAUGCCAACAUACUUCAACCUGUAGGUCUGACUAUAUUUGGUAACCACUUGUACUGGAUUGACAGGCAACAGCAGAUGCUUGAGAGAAUUGAGAAGACAAAUGGUAACAGUCGUACUAAGAUUCAAGCUCGUAUAGCACAACUGAGUGACAUUCAUGCCGUGAAAGAACUGGAUCUAGAGGAAUUUGCUGAACAUCCUUGUGCCCAAGAUAAUGGUGGCUGCUCCCAUAUAUGUAUUGUAAAGGGAGAUGGUACUACCCGUUGUUCCUGUCCUGUUCACCUUGUAUUGCUUCAAGAUGAACUGUCCUGUGGAGAGCCCCCAACGUGUGCACCAGAUCACUUCACUUGUGCUACUGGUGAGAUUGAUUGCAUUCCUUUGGCUUGGCGCUGUGAUGGGUAUCCUGAGUGUGAUGAUCAGAGCGAUGAGCAAAACUGUCCAGUAUGUUCAGACAGUCAGUUCCAGUGUGCCAGUGGACAGUGUAUAGAUGCUGUCUUCAGAUGUAAUGGAGAGACUAAUUGCCAAGACCAAUCUGACGAACAGAAAUGUGAAGUUCUGUGUGCUAUGGAUCAGUUUCAAUGUGCCACUGGACAGUGCAUUGCCAAGCAUAAAAGAUGUGAUCAUAAUGGAGAUUGCACCGACAAUUCAGAUGAACUUGCCUGCUAUCCCACAGAAGAGCCUACCCCUCAACCUACAAGCACCAUUGGUUCAAUUAUUGGUGUCAUCCUUUCUGUCUUUGUGAUUGGAGCUAUAUACUUUAUUUGCCAACGUGUUCUGUGCCCACGGAUGAAAGGCGAUGGAGAAACAAUGACAAACGAUUUUGUUGUACAUGGAUCUGCUUCAGUGCCUCUCGGUUAUGUGCCACAUACUAAUUCCCUCCCAGGAUCACUUCAAGGUAUGUCCCGUGGGAAGUCUGUGAUGAGUUCCCUAAGUAUUAUGGGUGGAAGCAGUGGGCCACCAUAUGACAGGGCUCAUGUUACAGGGGCCUCAUCCAGCAGCUCUUCAAGUACAAAAGGCACUUACUUCCCUCCUAUGCUGAAUCCUCCACCAUCACCAGCUACUGAACGUUCACAUUAUACCAUGGAAUUUGGUUACUCCUCCAAUAGUCCUUCUACUCACAGAUCAUACAGCUACAGACCAUAUGCAUACAGAAAUUUUGCUCCUCCUACUACUCCUUGCAGUACUGAUGUCUGCGACAGUGACUACACCCCUGGAAGGAGAAUUGCUACAACGAAAUGUUAUAGCGAUUUGAACUAUGACUCUGAACCAUUCCCUCCGCCUCCAACUCCACGGAGCCAGUAUUUGUCCGCUGAGGAGAACUAUGAAAGCUGCCCACCUUCUCCUUAUACAGAAAGGAGUUACUCUCAUCAUCUUUAUCCACCCCCUCCCUCCCCAUGUACAGACUCCUCAUGAGCACCAUCUUUGCCUAUUGUAAAUAAUUGUUGAUAUGAAGAGACUGCAUUUAAAAGAAGGUGAUGUGAUUUGUACAGUGAAAAUAGAUUGGGAGGGAAGGGAAAUGAUUUGCAAGCAAUUUGUACAGAAAAGAGGAUAUUUAUAUAUUUUCUAACAGCGCCUGCUGGUUGUGCCAUAAAAUUUGUAAAAAUUUGUACAAACAAGAUUUUUUUUUCCACAAACAAAAAUGCCUUAACCCAGGGAAGCAACUGUACCUAAGACGACAUAGAAGACUAGCAGAAACAUCAACAGGGCACAGGAUACUGGAUGGAUUGCAACUCCAGUGCCCAAAGAGAAUCAGUGUGUUCUAUAGUGAAAAUAAAAUUUAAUUAUCUUCUGUUUCCUAUACGAGAGAGAGAGCUGUAUAACACUCUGACAGAAUUGAAAGCAGCAACUCAGAGAGAGCUGGCUUGAGGAUCUUGCCUUUGUGUGCAAAGCUGUUUCAGUAACAUUCAGCUGAAGGAGAGCAUAUGCAGAGUCAGUUCCUGAGAUUCUUGUCACACCAGCGCCAAUAAUGUAUACGAUUUCACAGUGAAGCCAAUGUCAGCCACACUGCAGCUUUUAAAGUUGAUUUCCCCCCAUGUGCUCUGAAGCUAUUCUGCACCUUUGCAGAGUCAGAGUGGGCAAACUGGACAAAAGUCAGCUUCUUUGUGGUGAAAAUCAUUAUUUUAAAGUAAUUUGGGGACAAGUAGUGGAAUAGCACCUGUGACGUUUUGAAGUAUUUGACCAAGGGCAUAAACCAUGCCUUGAUACUUUUUAAAUUCUUAAUCAAUGAGCUUUUAACUUCAGUGCCCGCAAAUGUUCUGAGUGUAUUUUUAUACCACAUUGUGUAGAUAACCUAUUUAUAAGCUAUAAGAUAACCUUGUAUUAGAUUUCCUGUAAAGCCUGUCCAUAUAUCCUUGCAAUACGUUCAUGUAUAGUUGUAUUACUUUAUGCCUCAUUUUAUUUUUCUAUAAAACAUUAGUAUAAGGUAAUGACAAUCUCAGAUUUUUUUUAAUAGAUGGCCAGAUGAGUUUAUUUUUUUCCAUUUUAAAUGUAAUUUUCAAUUAUCAGUUAAGGUACUGUGCAAAAUACAGAUUAUCACCUUUAUAUUAUUACAUUGUAUUAAAAAAUACAUUUUGUAGCAAAAACUGAAUACUUUGUAACAGUCAUUGCGAUUGACAGAAAUGCCAAGUGAGUCUAAAUCAUCAUGCAGUCAUUUGAGGUAUUUCUAGUGUUCAAUUAUUUAAUUAUGUCACUAUUCCAUAAAAUAAUUUGAUCAAGAUAUGCAUAGGAUAAUUAGUACAUGAGGAUUUUUAAACUGUCUGCUGCUGUGUACAUGUAGCCAGGAAUGUCUGGAAUAUUUCUCCGGGUAUACGUCUAAGUGAAAAUAGAACUCUGUGCCAAAUUCUAAUACAAAAAUCACCCCAGUGGUGUAUGUCUAAAGUAAACAAUCUUGUUUGGAAGUGAAGGAUCUGGUGCUGCUCAAUGUAUUAAUUGUAAACCUUUAUUUUCUUCCUUUUUGACUUUCCUCCUGUCAAUUGGAGCUAACUAUUUUGUUGUGUGUACCAGGUGCAAUCCCCUCGUACCGAUAUACUUUGCAAGGAUGUGUUUGUGUUAAUGACCAACAUUUGGUCAGUCUUAUCCAUUUGCUUAAUAUCAUCCUGAAAAUGUAAAAUAAGUGCUUUAUUUGUCUGAACUCUUUUUUUUGUAUAAAUCUCUUUCUGUUACUCUCAAG